AUGAUUCUUCCCCUGCUGGCCCUUGCGGCCCCUGCCUACGCCGUCUCGGCUGUAGACUCAUUCUACCCGCCCAACAUUGAGGACUUAUCCUGGAUCACCAACGGGUCGCUGGGCACAUACGGCGGCCUGUACAGCGCCCCUGCCAGCGCAGCGAGUGAACCCUCUCCCUAUGGCGCCUAUGACUACUGCUCUAUGCCUCAUCCCCGGGCACAGGAGUACGUACUUCCGGCGCCUGUCCAGAAUGGCUCCGUCAAGGCGCAGCUGGUAUAUCUCGAGUAUCUGCAGCGCCACCAGCGACGGACACCAUACAACAUCCUUCCAGGAGGAGAGAACGAGGAAUAUCACUGCGAUGAUAUCCUCCCGUAUCUCUAUGCAGGACCUGCCAGUUCCACUGCGCAGCAACCACUGCGUGUCUACGCGAAGACCUACAGCGACCCAGCGAACCCAUUCCUAGACGACUAUGUAAACGGUACCUGCCAGUACCCGCAGCUGACAAUCGGGGGUCUGCUAGACGGCUACCAGCACGGCCGCGACCUGUGGGCUGUGUACGGCGACCGGCUGGGAUUCCUGCCACGCACGCCUGAAGACGGCCGCCGCGUCUGGUUCCGCAGCAGCUCGUCGGCGCUGACACAGGACUCAGCCGGGGGGGUCCUGCGCGGGCUGUGGCCGCAUUACAGCGGUGCUGUCCCGCUGCACCAGCAGGCGGCGAGCGUGGACACCGUCAAUGAGGGCUACUCGUGUGCCGCCGAGGACACGGUUCUAGACGCGAUCGAGGCGUCAGACGAGUGGGAAGCUCAUCUGGCGGCCACGGCAUCCCUGCGCGAUGACCUGGCUACCAUGUUUGACGCCAACACCAGCGCCUGGAUGUCGACCUACGACCACUUCUCCGACAACUUCCAGGCGCGCCUGUGUAAUGGCUACGAGCUGCCCUGCAGCCGGGCGAAUCUGUCCGAAUGUGUCACGCAGGCUCAGGCCGAAGAGAUCUUCCGUGCAGGCGACUGGAUGUGGGAUUACUGGUAUCGGGCGAGCGCCAAUGCGACAAGUUACAUCACUCUGCUCGAGGGCUUGUUCAUCGGGGAGAUUGUCAAUCGACUGCAAGCCGUGGCAGACAGCAAGGGAGAGCAGACGCUGCAGUACAGCCAUAACUUUAUCCAUGACGGAGAUAUUGGUCCUGUUCUGGGAGCACUGGGUAUCAAGGCUCUGCGCUGGCCGGGAAUGGGGUCUAACAUUGCCUUUGAGAUUUGGAAAACAGAGGAUGACCUGUUCAGUCGCGUGCUGUACAGCGGACAUCCACUGCAGACUACCCAUGGAAUGCUCGAGUGGGUAUCUUUGGCGGACUUGAUUGCCAUUCUGCAGCCUUUUGUGCCAGAUGAUAUCAUUACACUCUGCAACGCAUGAUGGCCUUGGC